AUGAGUGAUAUCAAUCCCAACACCAAGAAAUUUUACAUUGCCAUCGCCUGUAGCAUCCUGGGGCUCUUUCUCCUCCUCAUCGUUCCAUGCGUCGUUGCAAUGUGCGUUGUCCGUUAUCGCGAGAAGCGCCAGGAACGUCGUGAUGCCCUCGCUCGCGAGCUAGAAGAAGGCCAGGGCGAUGACAACGCGGCUCCUAAGCAAGGCACCGGUCCCGACAACGCACCCCUCUAUCAAGAAGCAACUCUUCUCCACCACGCCGAUGGUCACGUCGAAGUUCGCAAGCCUGAGCCCACCAAGGGUAAAGGCAUCGCUUCUCCUCAGGCCAGACCCGUCGGUCGCUUUCAGGAGGACCUCCCCGAGGCCUCUGAGCAGCAGCUCCAGACCAAGCAAGACGACGCCGUCGCAGAGUCUCAGGGCUCCCAAAAGUCUGUCGACUCCAAGAAGAAAAGGCUCGACCUCGACGAGUGA